GAUUCUUUCUUUCUUUCUUUCUUUCUUUCAGUUACAGCGUCAUCGUCAACGUUUGUGAGUAAGUGGACUAGUAGUAAAUCUCUAACAACAAUUAUUCCCUUCCAUCUAUAAAUUCAAGAAGCAACGCAAUACACGCUGUGCUUCACCUCUCUAAUCAAAUCCUAAUCCCAAUCCCAAUCCCAAUCCCAAUGGAGCAGCAAAGCAAAAACAGCCGCCUAGAAGAAGAAGGACAACACACCACCACGUCCCUUGACUGGAGAGGAAGGCCCUCCAAUCCUUCUAAGCAUGGCGGAUUCAGACCUGCUGCUUUCGUUCUUGGGAUGCAAGCAUUUGAAAUCAUGGCAAUAGCAGCAGUGGGAAACAACCUGAUAACAUAUGUAAUGAAUGAGAUGCACUUCUCACUGUCCAAGUCUGCCAACGUGGUAACAAACUUCGUUGGGACUAUCUUUAUCCUCGCCCUCUUCGGUGGCUACCUUUCAGACUCUUAUCUCGGCUGCUUCUGGACCAUCCUCAUCUUUGCCUUUGUCGAACUUUCUGGUUUCAUAUUACUGUCAGUGCAAGCUCAUGUUCCGCAGUUGAAGCCACCGGCAUGCAAUAUAAUGAGCGGGGAAGAGUGCAUAGAAGCAAAGGGGUUUCAGGCGAUGAUAUUCUUUGUGGCAAUAUACCUUGUGGCGUUAGGGAGCGGGUGUGUGAAGCCAAACAUGAUUGCUCAUGGAGCAGACCAAUUCGAUCAGGACAACCCAAAGCAGUUGAAGAAGCUCUCUUCCUAUUUCAACGCUGCUUAUUUUGCCUUCUCCGUCGGACAACUUGUUGCCUUGACCCUUCUUGUUUGGCUCCAAACUCACUCCGGAAUGGACGUCGGCUUCGGCGUCUCCGCUGCUGUCAUGGCUAUGGCCUUGAUAAGCUUCCUUUCUGGCACUCUCUAUUACAGGAACAAACCCCCUCAAGGCAGCAUCCUCACUCCUAUCGCUCAAGUUUUUGUAGCAGCAUUUUUUAAGAGAAAGCAGUUAUCUCCAUCUAAUCCACAAAUGCUUGAUGGAAGCCAUAAGUUCAGGUUCUUGGACAAGGCAUGCAUUAGAGUGGAAUCGUGGGAGGAGGAAAGCGCAUGGAGAUUGUGCAGUGUUGAGCAAGUAGCGCAAGUGAAGACGCUGCUAUCAGUUAUUCCCAUAUUUGCAUGCACCAUUGUUUUCAACACAAUCUUAGCACAGCUUCAGACAUUCUCAGUCCAGCAAGGAAGCGCCAUGGACACUCAUCUCACCAGAAACUUCCGCAUCCCACCCGCCUCGCUUCAGUCCAUCCCUUACAUCAUCCUCAUCCUCGCCGUCCCUCUCUACGACACCUUUUUCGUCCCCUUCGCCCGACGAAUCACCGGCCACGAGUCCGGAAUCUCCCCUCUCCGCCGGAUAGGCCUCGGUCUCUUCCUCGCUACCUUCUCCAUGGUUUCUGCUGCUCUCAUGGAGAAAAAGAGAAGAGACGCUGCCGUCAUCCACAGCAAAACCCUGUCCAUCUUCUGGAUCACUCCGCAGUUCUUGAUCUUCGGCCUCUCGGAGAUGUUCACCGCCGUUGGGCUCAUUGAGUUCUUCUACAAGCAGCCACUGAAGGGGAUGCAGGCAUUCUUGACCGCCAUAACGUAUUGCUCCUACUCCUUCGGCUUCUACUUGAGCUCUGUCUUGGUCUCUUUGAUCAACAAGAUCACUACAGGGUCCUCCGGCGGCGGGUGGUUACACCAUAACAACCUCAACCAAGACAGGCUGGACCUCUUCUACUGGUUGCUGGCUUCACUCAGUUUGCUCAACUUCCUCAACUAUCUGUUUUGGUCAAGAUGGUACUCUUCUCCAUCCCCUUCAUCCUCAUCUCAUCAUGAUGCCAAGGACAACACCUCCUCUAAUAAAUAUUCUGCAAAUCACAAUAAUAUUCCUUAGUAUAUAUAUAUGCCAUAUAUUAGCUAUACAGAACUGUAGGAAAAAAAAUAAUCAUAUAUCUAAUUAAGGAGGCUGGAACCUUAGUUACUUCAUAAGUAGUUCCAUAUAUGUAAUAUUAUUCUCAUCUAAUUACUCUCUAAUUUGAAGUCCAUUGGAGAGGUGUACGUACAUCUUAGUUCUCUGUAUUUGAAAAUUUUUCAUGUACUUGAUCUUCUUGUUCGAAUGUAAAAGUUAAUUUAAUUAUAUAUUUUUCGGAAUGCUAGGCUUGUAA